GCCGGAAGUAUGGGAAGUCGGACCGGCCAAUGUGAAAGCUUUACUUGGAAGGGGGCGGUGAGCCCGAAGCUGGGGGGCGUGGCUUGGUCUCCAUUUGUUUUGCCCUUACCUGGCAGGAGCGGUGCGUGUGUGAGAGAAGUGCAGCUGGGCGAGCUGCUGAGGGUGCAAGGGCCGCUGUUGCCACACUUCCUGGGAGACACAGUUGGCUUUUCCUGCCCGGGUGAGUCACAGGGAGCGGGGGAAGGAGCCGGCAGAGAAGGUGCCAGUCUGCCCUUGUGACUGCAUUGCGGUGACAGGAGCCUGUGAGGGCAUGAUGCCAAGUGGGGCCAGGCUGUGUGGCAUAAAGGCUUCCUGAUCCCUCCUGUGAGCUGUGCCCGGCAUGGCUCUCCCCUACCUGCUCAUCCUGGGCAUCAUCCACUUCUUGCCAGCAGCUAGGAGCCUAUCCAGUGAUGUUGUCUAUACCUCAGAAUUCUACUCCCAGAUUCCACAGCAGCUCUCCUUUUACAGCUGGUACGGAAAUGCACGGUUAUUUCAAUUCCGGGUCCCCCCCGACACUGCUCUUCUCCGGUGGCUUCUACAGGCUUCACGGGACAAAGCUGAUUGCGGGGAUGUGGAAAUUACUGUACAUUUCCGCCACGGAGCCCCACCGGUGAUUAACCCCCUGGGAACGGCUUUUUCCCCUGCCACCCGCGUCCCUUAUUCUUUCAACAUGCCGCUGACUUUUACAAACUCGCUGAACAAUAACACCUUCCUGAACAUCACCAACCCGGAGCCGGGGGACUGGUAUAUCGUAGCCCACCUGCCCAAAGACCCAGAAAAAAUUCAAAUCCAGGGAUUCACCAGCACGUGCAAAUACUUCUUCCAGCCAGACCUGUUUAUCCUUCGGGAGGUCGGCAUCCCGAUAUUACAGGCCGGGGCGCCCAUGCAGAAAACCCUGUCGCCACCUGGAAGCUCAGCGAAUUUCAAAAUGUUUAUACCUGAAUACACGCAGGACCUGAGGCUGCAGCUGCAGAAUUGCACGUCGGACAGCACGCCGGGGCCUUGCCCAUUGCUGGUUACAGUGGGGUCAGUCUCCGAGCUGCCGUCCAUCCAAAGAACAGUGAACUGCAGUGAAGGCCCCGAAUGCGCUAUCCCCUUACGCUCCCCGCCCUGGGGCAAGUGGCUGAAUGUGCUAGUUGAGCUCUCCCAAGGAAUAAACGCCAGCGUGUCCUUUGAGAUUGUCCAUCAAAUCUCAGCCUGUAAACCAGGGAAAGUUGUAAGCCGCAGGUCGGUGUUUACAUUAAUGGAGCAGGAAAUCCUUAAAGCUGUCAAAAACGCCACUGACACCAAUGAAACCCAGCCGCUGGCUGCCCGUUCCGGCUCCUGCCUGCACAAGUACCCCCUGGUACGGGAGGAUAUGGACGUCGUGUCGGUGAGGUUCCAGUCGGUUAAAAGCCCAUACGUGCCAGUGACGGCUGAAAUGCCCUCCAUUAUGCUCCUCAAUCUGGAUUCGGAAAUGGAUAGUGGCGGAAUGCUGAUAGUGUCUUUGCAGCUGAACAAGACGACCAUGGGAAACUCCUCUGCGUCAGUGCUGGCUUGUUUGAGUGCUGAUUCCCCUGUACUCGCUCUGAACACCUCGCAGAACUGCACAACAGCUUUUUCUCAGGGCUAUGCACUACUAAUGAACAGCAGCGUGCCAAACAUUUCCCUAAACCUCCCCUACCCAGUGACUGCCAGUUGGUACCUCUCUAUGCAGCUGCUCUGCCCACUGAAUGACAGUGACUGCCAGUCCCUAUCCCCCAGAGUUCUGUUCGGUUCUGCUCUCAGUCCAUGCGAAGAUAACUGCGGGCCCAACGGAGACUGCCGGCUUUUUCGGAGGAACAGUUACCUGUACGCUGCCUGCAGCUGCAAGUCCGGCUGGAGCGGCUGGAGCUGCACGGACAGCAGUAAGGCACUCUCCUAUCAACAGCAGUUGGCCGCCACUUUGCUGCUGACACUGAGCAACUUCAUGUUCGUGCCCACCAUCAUAGUGGCCGUUUACAAGUUUUACUUCGUGGAGGCGGCGGUGUAUGCGUACAACAUGUUCUUCUCCACCUUCUAUCACGCGUGUGACCAGCCCGGGGAGGCAGUGAUGUGCAUCAUGGAUUAUGACACCUUACAGUACUGUGAUUUCUUUGGCUCCGUCGUGUCCAUUUGGGUGACCAUCCUAUGCAUGGCCAGACUCAAGCAGCAUCUGAAAUAUGUCCUGUUCAUGCUGGGAACAUUACUUAUUGCCCUUUCCAUGCAGCUGGACCGAAGAGGAAUCUGGAAUAUGCUGGGACCUUGCCUCUUUGCACUAGUUAUACUGGUAAUUGCAUGGACUUACCGCGGAGUGAGGCGCAGGCACUGUUACCCCCCCAGCUGGAAGCGCUGGCUCUUCUACCUGGUGCCGGGAAUCUCCCUGGCCCUCAUUGCCCUGGCCAUCUACGUCUUUGCCCAGACCAACAGCAAUUACUUUUAUACCCACAGUCUGUGGCACAUCAUGGUGGCCGGGAGCGUGGCCUUCUUGCUCCCGCCCCGAGACAGAAACAAGAAACCGUGGAAUUUUAAGCAGCUGCUGGGCUGUAGGUACAAGAUCUGCCACGACGACCGCGAGGAAUUAUUUGUGGUGACAUGAGAAUUUACAAAGGGGCCGUUUUUUGUUUUUUUAUUUCAGACCACUGUACGAGGGAGGAGAGAUGUUCUAAGUCUUGAAACCGGUGCUUCUACACUACAAUCAUAACAAGCAAGAAUAGCACGGCAGCUCUAAUAAAUACCCAAAGAGGGGUUUUUUGGGGAAUAAAAAAUAAAAUGACUGUUUUGCUGCAAUGAGGGAAGGAGACUGCCGGCGUUGGGCUUUUGCAACAGAAGAGUUUACAGAUAUAUAUUUUUAUUUUUCCAUUUUCUGAUUGGGAGAAGCCAUUUUUCCCAGCACUCCUUCCCUUCCUAUGUGUCUUGGUCACAGGUCAUAUUUCUAAUUAUUUGUAUUCGAGCCUGGGGGUAGGCACCAUUUUGCUCUGGGGCAAGGCACCAUUUUGCUCUGGGGCAAGGCACCCUUUUGCCGGGGGGCAAGGCACCAUUGUGCUCUGGAACUAGGGCACCAUUGUGCUCUGGAACUAGGGCACCAUUGUGCUCUGGAACUAGGGCACCAUUGUGCUCUGGAACUAGGGCACCAUUGUGCUCUGGAACUAGGGCACCAUUGUGCUCUGGAACUAGGGCACCAUUGUGCUCUGGAACUAGGGCACCAUUGUGCUCUGGAACUAGGGCACCAUUGUGCUCUGGAACUAGGGCACCAUUGUGCUCUGGAACUAGGGCACCCUUGUGCCCUGGAACAAGGCACCAUUUUGCCCGGGGGUAGGCACCAUUAACCAACCAAAUUAAGGAGCUGCGACCUGACUUGGACCACUUCUUUCCUUUCUUCUCUCUAGGUUUGUCAGCUUUUCAGGAACCAUGUCUGUCAUCCUAUAAGUUUGUCUUGAUUUUUUAUUUUUUUAGCAUUGUGUUAAUUUAAUAGCUCUGUUGGGGGUAAUAGUGGCAACAACAGAUAUGUAUAUAUGGGAAUAUAAAAGGAGCCUUUUAUUUUUCAAAGAGAAUCUGAUAAAAAUACUGGUUCUAUAAACACACACUAUUUUAUUGCAAUACAGUAUAUAUUAUUUUGGUAC